GCGAUGAUCUCCCUAUGGAUAUCUUGUUAGGUAUGUACUACCUCUCCGUGGCACAACCCCAGUUUGACUGGGACCGAAAAGUGGUCAAACACACUUUGUUAGGUGGAGGGACCGCCAGAUUACGUAAGUUGAAAGCUAGUAGUCUGAUUGAGUCCCACGAACGCAUGUGUGCGGCCGCGUUCUAUAACUAUUAUAAGCAAAAUCCGAAGGAGGGUAUGUAUCUAGUCUAUGUCUCUGCAACAGGUGAGCCGGUGAAAAUGCCACCGAAGAUAGAGGGAGUAGUUGCCAAGUACCCUGAUCUAUUUGAAGAGCGUACAGGGGUUGUUGAGAGGGAGGUCGUCCAUGCGAUAGAGAUUAUCCCAGGGUCUAGUAUCCGAAAAGGUAGGAUCUAUCGGAUGUCUCCAGGCGAGCUUGAUGAGCUUCGUCGACAACUCAAGGAACUCGUAGAGAAGGGUUGGAUCCGGCCGAGCGUUUCUCCUUAUGGAUCGCCAGUCCUAUUCGUACCGAAGAAGGAAGGAACACUUAGGAUGUGCAUUGACUAUAGGGGCCUCAAUGCCAUCAUUGCCAAGAACAGAGAGCCCCUACCGCGCAUCGAUGAUUUGCUAGAUAGAGUGCAAGGGUGUCGGUACUUCAGUAAGAUAGAUCUGAAGUCCGGGUACCAUCAGAUUGCAAUCCGGCCCGAGGAUCAACACAAAACUGCAUUUCAGACCAGGUACGGUCUGUACGAGUUUGUGGUGAUGCCUUUCGGCCUUUGCAAUGCUCCUGACACCUUUCAGCACGCUAUGAAUCGGAUAUUUCAUGACUACUUGGAUAAGUUUGUCAUCGUGUACCUCGAUGACAUACUUAUUUUUAGUAAGACUGUCGAGGAGCACGUUGCACACUUGGACGAAGUCCUUAGUCUUCUUCGACAGCACAAGUUCAAGAUCAACGGUGAGAAGUGCGAGUUUGGCCGCACUCGUGUCUUGUACUUGGGUUAUGAGAUUUCCGCGAAGGGAUUGAAGCCUAAUGACGCGAAGUGGAUGAGAACCCAGCCUGUGCUCUCCGCCGCUCUGAAGCAUUGGAUUGAAGUCAUAGAGCAGUAUGACUUCGAGCCCCAGUACAUCAAGGGCGAGUACAAGGUUGCUGAUGAGCUGUCGCGUAGACCAGAUUUCUCUGGUGCGCUGAUCACUGAGUUUGGGCUUGCGGACGAUGUUACUCACUCUAUGGUGGAAGCCUAUCGCGAGGACUGGUUUAUGUAUGAGAUCAUACGUAGACUCGAGGCGAAGGACAAAGCGACUUCUGUCGAGUUUGAGUUGGUCAACGGAUUGCUGUUCCUUGAGGAGGCAGGGAAUAAACGUCUGUGUGUGCAAGAUAGGGAGUCUUUGCGUAGUUUAUUUUUAGGCCAACUGGCCAAUGAGUCCAUUGCCGAGUACCGACAGCGAUUCCAAGCUCAGCUCGCACUGAUCGAGGCCGAGGAACAGUGCCAGGCAGCGGCCGAGGCUGCCCACCUACAGGCUGAAGCGGAAGCAGCAACUGAAAAGCAGCGGCUUCAGGCUGCAGCUGACGCAGAUGCCCAGGUCCGCCGCAAGGAGGCCCAGGAUCUGCUGCAGCGGCACGAAGCCGCCAGCGUCGAGAGGCUCAAGUUCUGGCAUUUUGAACCAUCCAAGGGCCAUGACGCCGCGACACCGGAAGAACAGCACAAGGAGUUUCUCUCUAAACUCGUGACCCGAUUGGUUUACACUUGUAACCACCUGCAGUUCGAGCUGGCGAAUCUCCGACGGGCAGUGCGGAACCAUAAGGAUCUGCACGAGGAUGCUACAUGGGCACUUCAUUCCCAUGUGCAGGACUUGGAGCAAGCAACACGAGGAUCAGAUGCUGACGAACCCAGCAAUGCAGCCUCAACCCGCUACACCGUCGCCGCACCAGCCACCAUCAACGAGCAGCUCGACACCUUGAAGACUGAGGUUCGGCAACUACACCAGCCGCCCGACAGCGAUGGCAGCACUAGUGCAUCGAGGCCGUACAAGAUGCCGGCCUUCCGGAUCGAGAAGUUUGAUGACUAUACGCAUCAGGACCCAGUCGUCUUGUGGCAAGGCUUUACAACGGAGAUUGGGAUUCAUAAGGUCUCCAAUCACUUGUACAUCUCGACGUUGUUCCUCAACGCAAAGGGCAGAUGCCAGAUCUGGCUCAACCACAUGGCAACCAUCCACGACGUCCAGGCCUCCGACCUGCACAAGAAGAUCUCCUUGGACAAUACGAUGAAGGAAUGGAAGAAGCAGUUCAUUGUGGACGAGGCCCCGACGCUCGCCAUCAACCGCCUCUUUGCCACGACUCAAGGCAACACACCGACACACGGUUGGCUCACCGAAUGGCAAAAGAUCCAAGAGUUCGAGUACUUGGGCCAUUUUGUGGAGCCGCAAGGCAUCCGUCCGCUCGAGGACAAGAUCGAGGCCAUCCGAGUAUGGCCCGAGCCCACCAACACCACGGAAGUUCGCUCGUUCAUGGGGUUGGCGGGCCACUACCAACGCUUCAUCACCGGGUACUCAAGGAUCGCCGCACCAUUGACGAGACUACAAUUGCCAAAGGUGCCAUUCGUAUUCAGCGACGAAGCUCACUGGUCAUUCCAAGCACUCAAGACGGCCAUGCUCAUGACACCCGUCCUUAGCAUCGACGACCUCACCUUGCCAACGAGAGUGACGACUGACGCUUCCGGCUAUGGCAUUGGGGCAGUCUUGGAACAACACGAUGGCGACGACUGGCACCCCAUGGAGUAUUUCAGCCACAAGGUGCCUCCCAUCAAUUCACUUGAUGAUGCAAGGAAGAAGGAGCUGCUUGCGUUCGUGAUGGCUCUCAAGCGAUGGUGGUACCUCCUCCUUGGGCGUCGUAGGUUCACAUGGGUCACUGAUAACAACCCGUUGACCUACUACAAGAUGCAAGAUACGGUGAGCAUCACUAUCGGACGAUGGAUGUACUUCAUCGACCAAUAUGACUUCAAACCGAAACAUCUCGCCGGCCUCUCCAGUCGCGCAGCAGAUGCACUCUCGCGAAGACCCGAUCUUUGUGCUAUGACACAUCAUGCCUUCGUGUUGGACGAGGAAUUCCAGCGGCACUUCAUCUGGGGCUAUGAGUCUGAUCCGGAUUACGCCACACUCUAUGCGCAGUUAUCUUCGGAUCACCCGCCGGCCAGCCAUUAUCGCAUCGUCGACGGGUACUUGCUUCUCCACUCACGAGGCAAGGACUUAUUCUGUGUCCCACGACACCGUCGUCUUCGGACUCGCCUUCUCGACGAGUACCACGACUCGCGACUCUCCGGCUAUUUUGGAGUCAAUCGGACUAUCGCACGACUUCGGCAACGAUUCUGGUGGCCCGACCUCAUUACCGAUGUCACUCGGUAUUGCGACACUUGCAAAGUUUGUUGAUGAAGCAAGCCCCGCAACCGCAAUCCCUACGGCAAGUUGCGCCUGUUGACUAUUCCACGGGAACCCGGCCUCUCCAUCGCCAUGGACGUCACCAGCCUGUUUCCCCGCGACCGCUUCGAGCACGACGGCAUCCUCACGGUCGUUGACCGAUUGAGUAAAUACGCGCGACGAUU